CGCAAUGCAGGCAUGGGGGUCGCAGUGCAGGCAUGGGGGUUGCAGUGCUGACAUGGGGGUCGCAAUGCAGGCAUGGAGGUUGCAGUACUGACAUGGGGGUCGCAGUGCAGGCAUGGAGGUUGCAGUACUGACAUGGGGGUCGCAGUGCAGGCAUGGAGGUUGCAGAACUGACAUGGAGGUUGCAGUACUGACAUGGGGGUUGCAGUGCAGGGUCGGGCAGUGUGCAGCUCCCCUGGAGCUGGGGCAUUAGGACCGUGCUCAAGGGUCCACAGACAUAAAGCAACCUAAUGAUCACAUGGGGCUGAGCCAAUACAACUUUGUUGAUUCUUAUACAAAUUAUUUUCUUAGUUAUUAACUAGAUCAACUAUACUGUGAGUUUUACCAGUAUACCUGACCUGUGCAUGUGACAAAUAAAGCUACCCAGUAAUUAGGGGAUGAUAAAAGCUGGCAUUAUGGUAAUAAUAAUAAUAAUAAUAAUAAUAAUAAUAAUAACGUUGCUGAUCCACAAGAACAACUGUGAUACAUACCUUUGCACUGCAAACUUUUAUCAUUGCCUGAUUUUUAUUGUUUUUCAUAUUCUUUCGCACAACAUAUAUAUUUCUUCAAUUAAAACUAAAAAGGCAGCAGCGUGUAACAAAAAGCAAAGAGUAGUCACAUUUACUGGAUAUACAGUAUGUUCUGGGAAAUGUGGCUUAUUUAGGCGUGUUCCUGUUAGCCUGCCGGCACGCUACACAGUUCACUGCAACAUGAAAUACUUGUAGAAAGAAAGCAAACAGGGAACUUGCCAGAUUUUUGUCCAAGAUUUCAUAUCAACCAGUUGCACUUCAGUAAUAUCAAAACAACGUCACGGUUACAGGCUUUUUUAAUGCCACAUUUAAAUAUUCUUCACACUGUAUGAGUGUCUUGCCUGUCACCAUACCUUCUCUCAUGUCCACGGUUACUUAUUUCAGAACAUAUUAUUUCCUUUUAAUAGACUGCCACAUCGCAGCAACGUUGCUAAUGUUAGCACUUUGCAGCUUUUCCAUGCAUAAACCUUGACCAAACACAAUUAGCUGACAGAAAACAGUGCAUUCUGAUGAACAAUCAAUCCUGUGUUAAAAGCAGAAACUCCCAUUUUCCGUAUGAUUUACACCUGUCAAUCUCAGAUCAUCUACACAAGGAAAGCAUUUAGAAUCACCUGACAAAAGCAGAAGUGAGUUACAAAAGAACCAGCAGUAACAAUUAUUCUUGGAAAACUAUCUGUGGAGGAAAUCACAGGUGUUCUUGGGACUAACCUGCAACAACUCUGCAUGGUUCAAUUAGUGCAGGCUGUCUCUUCUGGUUACAAAACCAUAAAGCCAUAUAAUACCUUAACAUGACUUUUCUCAUUGCCACUAAUUAUUUUUAAUCCUUGUAUUUUGUCAUCACUCAACUGGUUGGUUGAAACAAAUUAUUAAUGUAUUAUUAAUUUGAACACUCCUUUCUGCUUUCCCAUCUCUCACAAGAGAGAUGUAACACUGGCAUUCAAGCCUAGUAUGGUGCACAAUUAAUUCACUAGACUACUAUUUGCUAUAUGUAUUUUGCCAUUGUUUUUGCAUUAUAAUGCUGCAAUGGAGGCACAUAGGUCAGAAUGGUCUGUGGUUAUCUCCCAGUCUCUCAUAUUAUUCAUAUAGUACAGAGGAAGGUGACCCUGAUCCUGGAGGGCCGGUAUCCAGCAGGUUUUCUAUCCUACCUGAUGACUUACUAUCUGCCUGAGAUCAGGUGUGGGUCAUCAGAGACCAGGUACGAUAGAAAACCUGCUGGAUACCGACACUCCAGGAUCAGGAUUAACUAACCCUCAUAUAGUGUACUAUCUUGCUUUCAAACUGGAUUCCAAAAGUUUGGCAAAAACAGUAAAUAUCACUCAAUAUUUAUAUCAGUUAAACUUAGAUUAUAUAUAGCCAGACAAUUUUGCUCGUACAUUUUUUUUCGGUCGUCUCUCCUGCGUCUCUCCCUCUAUUCUACAAAAUAAAUUAAUAAACAAUCAGAUGAUUUCUGUAACCGAGUGCUGUUGUUACACUUGAUGGGCUUUUGGGUCAAGGUCAGACAAUUUCCGCUGGAGCACAGCUGUGAGUGAAAAACAGGUUUCUGGUUAGAUGACUCUUCAUCGAUUCUAUUAGUAAGGGCCUCUAUAGCUGGGGCGACAGAAGCGUUCAGGCAGCUGGAGAAGAGAAGCUCACCGCUGAUCGCAUGGCACUGGGGAUUGCUGUUAGCUUGGCCCUCAUUCUGGUUGUAAAUUGUUGGCAUGACCUGGACAAUACAGAGUUUGACUGCUGGCCUAUAUCACAACCUAAUGAUUACAAUAUGAUCGACUGUGGAGGGCUUGAGAUGGCGUGGGUGCAGCGACCUCCGGAAAAAGUCACCAAUGGCGAAGAGUUUAAUGUGACUUACUCGGUGACAGCGUCGGAUUCGUUCUAUGAGUAUGCAGUCAAGAACAAGAUAUUCAGUUUUAGGGACGGAUCAGAGGCCAAGAAGUUCUGUCAUGAGCAUGAAUGUCCAUCAAACUGGAACAGUGCCAGUGAGCACAACUGCUGUGUGUACCACGCCAACAUCCACUCCUGUCCCCUUGCUCUGAUGAGGCAAGGUGGAAUUUGUGGACCUUGGAUCCCUGAUGAUGGCAAGAUUGUGACACAUACGGCGUCCAAAGCUGGACGGAUGAGCCAGCAGAACUGGACAUCAAAGGUGGUGCUGAUCCAUGUAGGUGUGACCUCAGUCAUUGCUCACGUUAAAGUCGGACAGAUGCAUGCAGCCUUAGAGACCAAGGUCCUGGUCGUCAGUGCUCAAGUGUGCGGGGAUGACAUCUGUGAACACGGGGAGAGCUGCCUCACUUGCCCAGCGGACUGUGGGGUCUGUCCCAUGUCCAUGACCAUCAAGGUGUCCACUGGCCUCCCAGUGGCCCUGUUCUGCACUGGCUUCAUCUUAAUUGUAGCGUGGCUUCAGUAUCAGAAGCAGAAGAUGUUUUGGGAUGAAAGCUGGAUCAUCAGUUAUAAAGAUAUCAUGUUCGUUAAAACAUACUGUGCGGGUUUCUCCAGUACUGCCAGCCUACAGCCGGGGAAAAGAAACUCUAGUGUCAGCACCAUAACUGAUGUGACGUUGUGCACUGUGGUCAACACUGUCUACAGGGAGGGCUCCAUUCAGCCAGGAAUUUAUGAUGGACGAACAGUGGCAGUAAAACUUAUACAGAAGAAACAUUUCACGCUUUCAAAAACAAUCAGAAAGGAGGUGAAAGAAGUAAGGACACUGGACCACCCUAACCUGUGCAAAUUUAUUGGUGGAUCUAUUGAAGUUCCUUACAUAAGCAUUAUUACAGAGUAUUGCCCAAAAGGAAGCUUAGCUGAUGUUCUUUUAAAUGACGAUAUACCGAUUAACUGGGGAUUUCGGCUGUCGUUUGCCAGUGAUUUAGCUCGUGGGAUGUCUUACCUCCACCAGCACAAGAUGUUUCAUGGACGGCUUCAUUCUCGGAAUUGCAUAAUUGAUGAUCGUUGGGUCUGUAAGAUUUCAGACUAUGGACUCGCAGCUUAUAGAAAAGCAGACGCUGAGGUAGUGAGUAAUAGUUACCGGUCUCGUAAUUUCUACCGUAUCUACUGUGCUCCAGAGGUCCUCCUUGGAACCUCUGGUUUUUUCACUGCAGCUGCUGACGUCUACAGUUACUCUAUUAUCUUGGUUGAGAUUGCUACUCGCUGUGACCUUAUUUCUUGUCAAAUGGAGGUUGUUAAGCUGGAUGUCGUGUGGCGUCCUCCUCUUCCUGAACUGAAGGCUGGGAAAUCAGACAAUGACUGUCCAAAUGAGGCAGAUUACUGUGAGCUGAUAAAGAAAUGCUGGUCCCAUAAUGCGACAAUGAGGCCAACAUUCGGGCAGGUGAAGAAGAUGUUGGAGAAGAUGAAUCCACACAAAGUCAGCCCAGUGGACAUGAUGAUGAACCUGAUGGAAAAAUACAGUAAACAUUUGGAAGCUGUUGUGGCAGAGAGAACCCAGGAUCUUCUUCAAGAGAAGCAGAAGACAGAUCGUUUGCUUUACAGUAUGCUACCAAAGCCAGUAGCUGAUGAUCUCCGCCAAGGCCGAACAGCAGAAGCUCAAAGCUACUGCAAUGCUACAGUGUAUUUCAGUGAUAUUGUAGGCUUUACCCAGCUCUCCGGAUCAAGUACACCUCACCAAGUGGUGGACUUCCUGAACAAGCUCUACACUAUCUUUGAUGAGAUCAUCGACAAUCACGAUGUGUACAAAGUAGAGACUAUAGGAGAUGCAUAUAUGGUUGUUUCAGGUGUUCCGAGUGAAAAUGGCAUCAAUCAUGCUGGGGAGAUUGCCAGCAUGGCUCUUGACCUGGUCAGUGUGUGCCAGACUUUUCAAAUACCUCACAAACCCACAACGCAGUUGAAGAUACGGGCUGGGAUCCACUCAGGACCUGUGGUUGCUGGUGUCGUGGGUACGAAGAUGCCGCGGUAUUGUCUGUUUGGCGAUACGGUGAAUACGGCCUCGCGAAUGGAAUCAACGAGUGAAGCUUUGAAGAUCCAGUGCAGUGGCAGCACUGCUGAUAUGCUCCACAGAUUGGGGGGGUUCAUUCUCACCUGCCGGGGCUCACUCAUUGUCAAGGGUAAAGGUGAAAUGAAAACUUGGUGGUUGGAAGCCAAGAAAGGACAGUCUCAUUUGAAGGAGAGUAACAAUCAGCCCUGUGAUAUGCCUGUACCCGUCAGCAAUUAGCCUCUGUGUUUAUGUGAUUUUUAUAGUACUUUAUGUUUAACCCUGACUGAUAGCAGAACCAAAGAACCCAUGUGUGUGUAUAUGUUAUUGAGUAGCCACUUUAUGUGGAAGAGUUUGUAAGUCCAAAUUCCUGCUCCAUGAAGAUGAGGUGUGCGCUGAAAGAAGCUGAUUUACUUGUUGUACACCACUGUUGCACCAAGAUGUAAUUUUGAAUUUCCUCGCCAUCCGUUUAAUCAGACUGGCUAUCCUACUCUGGUGUUUCAUGAACAGGGUGUUUUAGUCACAGAAUGGAUGUUUUUGUUCAUGAUAAAAUUCUCUGUGAACAACAGGCACUGCAUUAUGUGAAAAUACCAAGAAAGUGGCUGUUUCUGAGAAAGAUUCACCAAGUAUGACAAAAAAGAUCACAGCACUUUGAAAAUAGUGUGCAUCAAGUAUAUUAGCUGUUGUAAUGCUUAGUUGAACAAGAAGUGAACCUCUUGACUGAUUUUCCAUGCUGUAUGUAUUCUUUCUUUGUAGACUGUUUGUAUUAGCAAGCAAAUGUAUCAAACAACCUCCCCAUUGGUUUGUAUAUUAUGUGUGUAUAGUAUAUACAAUCACACAGACACAUAUAUGCAUUCAUCUGUUUAUUCAUAAAUUCAUUCUAUUGCC